AUGGAUGCUAUUAGGAACGCUGUGAUACAACGGAGGUCUUAUUCGCUUCCAGUGCAGGAGGUUUUUGCAUCAGAUGGACCGAUUUGGGUGAAGCUUCUUAAAUUACCAGUGAAAAUAAUAUCAAGCAUACUCAAUUUCAUUGACACUACAAUAUCGAUGUCUACACCAAAUAUUGAUACCCUUCUAACCUCGUUGAAUUAUUUCUUUAGUUCAUAUGCUCUCAUUUGCAUGAUCAGUUCCUUCAUUAAUAAUAGAUUUGCCGUAAUGACGUCGUUAAGGACAACGUCAACCAAUGUGAAACUACCCAAAUGGUCAUUCGUGACAUUGCAUAUGCUAGCACUCAUUCCCCUAUGUUAUUGUGCAUGGGGAAUGCUCAAUUAUUCGAAAGCAUCGUUUUAUUCAAAUCUUAUUAUACUAUCAUGGUCAAGAAUUAUUGAAAUCUUCAUUUCUGUCACGUCAAAUUCAGGAGUGCUACUAGACACCGAUUAUACAGCACUUGAAUUAUCAUUAGAAUAUUAUAAAAUUGACGUCCUUAAGCUAAUCUACGAAAAUAAUGUGGUACUCCUUUUCAAUUCGCUUUUAGCAGUUGCAAAUAGAAUAACUAUCCAUACUUUAGAGCUGUUUGGUGUGACACAUAUAAGAUUAAUGGUAAAUACGAUCAUCAACAUCUGCUACAUGACGGUAUGUUUCAAAUAUAGAAACUUAUUACUGUUGGAAUCAAUUUCUUCGUUACUACCAAAUAUUAUAUACAUCUUCAUUAUAUCGUCCUCAUUGAUUUUGAAUGCAAUUAGAUGGUCCAUAGAUGUUUUAAGAAGAAAUGCGUACAAAAGAAGAUUCACAGCGUCAGUUGAUCUGAGCUUAUUGAAGUUAAACGGUACAGAAGAACUAUCUUCAGCACUAUUUAAAAUUGCAUCACUACUGUCUUCAAAGGAUACUGAACAGUAUAAUAUGAUAUUGGAGGAAAAAUUAAAGGCAGCUGGAAAUUCGAAUAUUUCAGUUAAAAGUAAUAGAAAAUCUGAAAUGAAUGAGAUAAGCUUUAGAAAUUCAUAUCUAAUAAGUGGAUAUCUGAAUAAACUGGAGACUUUACCCGAUGAUCUAAAUGCGUUGGACAACAAUGAAAGUGAUAUUAAAAACAAAGAAGCCUCUUUACGAGCUCCUAGAGUAUCGAUGAAGUUGUCGAGUUCAUUAAAACUUUUGAAACUUUUUGUCCAAAACCUAUGGAGGAACGAAGCAUUCAAAGGCAAUAGAUCGAACAAGAAUGAUAUAAAUGAACUGGUCAGAAUUUUGAGAGGUUCCAAAGAUUUAAAUUUCUAUAUCACUGCGAAUAAUUAUCAUCAUUUUCUCUAUAAUCGUGGUGAUAAAAAAUCUAAUGAUGAUUUACUGCCUGAAACUGAUACAAGUCUGGAUUAUUUCCCUUCCCUGGACGCCUCAGAUGAUGAAUUUGAAUUGGAAACAGAUUAUGAUAGCAAUGAAGAAACGAUGGACUCUGAAAACAGUGAAAAUUUUAAAACAGAGGAUAUUAAUCCUGCUGAAAAUGAGCCACUGGACCUUCUCAGGGGGCUACUUGACGACAAGAACUACUUAAAUGAUGAAUCAAACAUUGGCUGGAUCAUAUCAACAAUAUCAAUGUUGAAAUCUUUACCUGAUGAUAAAAUCUUGACAAGAACGAAAUAUUCGAGAUUGCAUGAAGACGAAAUACUGAGUGAAAUAACUAUGGAGCAGUUAUUAUCUAACCCUAUGCAAGACGAUCACCCUAUUUUACCAGAUACUAGCGAAGAUGAAGAAAUUAAUUACUCCUGCAUUAUAUGUCGCCAGAAUACAAGAAACAUAAUACUGUGGCCUUGUAGGUGCAUGACCAUCUGCGAUGAAUGUCGUGUAAAACUAGGACAUCGCGGCAUCCACAGCUGUGUAUCCUGCAAGAAUGAAAUAUACGGAUACAGUAAAGUUCAUAUUGUAUAG